UACCACACUGAGUGGGCACAUUUCCGUGAGUGUCGUCUUGAGGUCCAUGUAGUCAUACCUGCGUAUCUCUGUUUAGCAGAAUGGCGUUUUACACUGUGAGGUGGGGUCUUCUUUUAGCCUUGAAGUAAUACCAUAGAUGUCGGACAAUAGUAUAUUUGAACAGCGAAAGGCUUCACGUGCAUAUUGAGAUAGUUAGCUUGUUACGCUACGUGGCUAACAUUUGGCCGCUUAUGUGAAGAAUGAAGACCGCUAACGGCAACACGAGUGUCAUGGACAUGUUUGAAAAGGGAAAAGUACUGAAAAUUUGUGCCCCAAUGGUUCGAUACUCAAAGCUUGCUUUCAGGUCCUUGGUUAGGAAGUACAACUGCGAUAUCUGCUUCACUCCAAUGAUCGUUGCAGCUGACUUCUUGCGCUCAAUCAAAGCCAGAGACAGUGAAUUCACUACUAAUGAACGUGACCGACCUCUGAUAGUGCAGUUUGCUGCCCAUGAUGCUCAGAGUCUGGCUGAUGCAGCCUGUGCAGUGGCACCUUUCUCAGAUGGAGUUGACCUCAACUGCGGCUGCCCCCAGAGGUGGGCUAUGUCAGCUGGGUAUGGUGCAUGCCUCAUUAACAAGCCUGAACUUGUUAAAGACAUGGUGAGACACGUCAGAAAUCAAGUGGACAAUCCAAACUACACAGCAUCAAUUAAAAUAAGAAUUCACAAGGACCUAAGGCAGACAGUGGAUCUAUGUCAAAAGGCUGAAUCAGCCGGUGUGUCAUGGAUAACAGUCCAUGGUCGUACAACAGAAGAACGCCACCAACCAGUCCAUUACGAUGCUAUAAAGACAAUUAAAGACAGUGUUUCUGUCCCUGUCAUUGCCAACGGCGACAUAAAGUAUCUCCGGGAUGUGGAGUUGACCCACGAGCUCACUGGUGUUGAUGGUGUCAUGGCUGCACGUGGGUUACUUGCUAACCCUGCCAUGUUUGCUGGCUAUGAGGACACUCCUUUGCAGUGUAUAUGGGACUGGGUGGACAUAUCUGUUGAACAGGGCACUCCGUUCACAUGCUUCCACCAUCAUCUUAUCUACAUGCUGGAGAGGGUUAGCUCGCAGCCGGAGAGAAAAGUGUUCAAUUCUCUGUCCAGUACUUCAGCUGUAAUAGAUUACCUCCAGAAUACAUAUGGAUCACCAUCAGCAAAGAUGACGUUGCAGUGGACUGCUGUGGCUCUCUUUCUCUAUGUGGAAAUUGGCGUCAUUGUCAUCCUCUGUUUACCCUUUAUCUCUGCCAGGAGAUGGCAGAGCAUUUUCCAACUGAGGAUCUGGAGUUGGAUGUCGAGAUUCUGGAAUAAAGUGUUUCUCACCAUGAUCAUAAUACUCAUUGUUCUCUUCCUCGAUGCUGUCCGUGAAGUGAGAAAGUAUUCAUCUAAAGAGCACGGCGCCGAUGCCAAGCUGCAACCAAAUAUGUUCGACCACUUGCACAUGAAGCUUUUUAGAGCCCAGAGGAAUCUGUACAUCUCUGGUUUUGCCGUCUUCCUGUGGCUCGUUAUGAAGCGACUGAUCACUCUGAUUAAUCAGCUAGCGUCAGCGUCUGGGACUACGGCUGCUCUUCAAGCACAGGCUGAGAAUGCUAACCAGACUGCUGAGAAAUACAUGAAAGACAAUGAACUGUUGAAACAGACUCUGAUGGAAGGGCGGGGUGAUAGGGCUACUGCUGAGGGCAUGGACCUGCUAAGGAAUGAAGUAGAGAAACUGAAAGAAGAACUGAAGACUUCUGGAGACGGUCUGAAGAAGUCUCAUUCAGAGGCAGAUGUAAUGAAGAAACAGAUGGAGGGCCUCGCCAGGGAGUAUGACAGGCUGUUGAAAGAACACCAGGAGCUCCAGAAUCUGCAAGACAGUGGAAAUAAAAAGGAAGAUUAGAUGAAAAGUUAAAGGUUAAAGUGUUUACUUAGCUCAGUCACAGACAAUUGCACCACAUGCUUUACCAUCUGUAACACCGUGUGUCGUAGUAUUUAAUUACAAAUUAAAGACCGGCUCAUCUGAGGAACAUGCUUUCGGCUGGUAGCAGCAAUGGUUUCAAAAGACUUAAACCUUUAUUAGAGCACGAGACUGGCUUAAAUGGAAUGAGUAAUAUCUGUUUCUGCCUGGUGCAGCCUGACUAAGAGGAUUUUCUUUUUCAAGGGUGCGCUAUCGGGCAGAUUAAUUGUGCAAAGCAAUUGGAGUUCAGUUAGUAAGUGACUCAGGACUGAUCACAGAGCACUUAAUAUAUCAAAUAUCAAACAAAAUGAGUGUUUUCUGUCUCAUUUGUUUUUGCCACUUUGCACAAGAUAUGGGGAAAGUUGAGGCGAUCUAUAAAUGUGGUGAAAUGGUUAGAAAAAUAUUUUUAUGCUAAAGGUUUUCUCUUGUUUUUGUGCAGCCACUUGCAGCUUAACUUUAGUAUGCAAAUACAGACUGCAUGUACAGAUGCACUGAGAUAAAUGAGCUUCACUUUUGUUUUGCGGUAUUUCAGCCGAUGUGCCAGAUGUUAUACCUGUACAGCUAUAAUGGAUGACAGUAGUUAGAGGUUUUAGCCAGUAUCUGUUUGUUUUUGUGUCUGUGUUUAGUUUUUUUUCCUUUAAUUUGAAGUUGUAAAAAGAUCUGGCACAUAAAGUAAAACUUUUUUUUUUUUUAAGUCAUAGUUAGGUUUUUGUCUGGAUGUUCUUCACAUGCUCAAUUUUGUGUUAAGGUGCACAGUUUGCUGGGAUUCAUAUUUUAUGUCACAAAAAAAGAUUGUCUUUGUUUUUUUUUUAAUAUAUAUUUUUUGUAUAUCUUUUAAUUAUCCAAACAAAACAAAUCCAUGUCACUGUGAAACAGGACCUGCGAUUGUCAUCACCACAUAUUUAAAUGUUUGCUUUUUAUUAGUGAUUUACCAUUGUUCAUUUUCCCGGUAAUAUAAAUACAUGUUCAUGUUGCGCUCUGCUGUUUGGACGUAAAAAUCAGAUUUAAGUGCCUUUCCAGUGGACGUAGAAAGCAGAAUUUUCUUUAAUAAAGGUUCUUUUUUCCUGCA